GAGACAGAGGUAGGAGGCAGUCACUCUGUCUCUGUCUCUGUCUGUGCCAGGUCGGACAGACUCCUCACACACACACCCCCACCCACCCCAUCUCCCAACUCUUCAUCGUAUAUCCCGAGACUACUACAUCCGGUAACAAACUCACUGGGGGAGAGAAAAAACAGAAUUGGAAUUAAGAAGAAGACUCCCAGGAUUGUGUUCAUGUAUUUUAGAAGUAGCAUUUGUUAAUUGUAUUCCUUUGUGUGGUCUGUGGGCUGUGUUUUUUAACUGAGACAUUAAUGAACCCGUUUGCAUCGGCAGCUACAGAAGAUAAAUUGAAACUCGCGUUUCUUUGCUGAAGAUUGUAAGUCACAAGCCAGAGGGGAGUGAGAGAGAGAAGUGAACAAAAAAGCAAGAAUCAGUUGGCAUUCCUUUCCUCCUGCAAUUGACUUGGGGAAACUUUUGUUUGGAUUACGUUGAUCCCAGUUUCUUUUGAAAGCUCGAUUUUGGAUUUUUUUGUGUGUCUCUCUCUUCCGUGCACACAAAAAAACCCACACGCUCAGUUCUUGAUUUGGUUGCACCGUCCUUGUGAAGAUGAUGUGGAUUUCGCUGUGCCUGGCUUUACUGGGACUCCUUCCCUCCCCUGUUCUGGGAGAUCAGAGACCCAAGACCUGUUUGGACAUGAGAACGCUCUACAGCUCCAAAGGGUUCUCGGUGACCGCGGUGCCUUCAGCUGAGAUUUCAGGAGAGCACCUGCGGAUCUGCCCACAGGGUUACACCUGCUGCACAAGCGAAAUGGAGGACAACUUGGCCAAACGGAGCCUCAGUGAAUUCGAGGCAAUGGUGAGGAAUGCCAGCCAUACGGUGCAGAUGAUGCUCACGACGCAACACAGCAGCUUCGACAGCUACUUCCAGGAGCUGCUAGACCAAUCCGAAAAGAACCUACACAGGAAGCUGACACACAUGUAUGGACUCCUAUGCGCCGAGAAUAGCAAAAUCUUUAAGGACCUGUUCAGUGAGCUGCGUCAUUAUUACAAAGGCGCCAACAUCAACCUGGAGGAGGUGCUGAAUGAGUUCUGGUCGAGGCUGAUGGAGUGCCAAUUCAAACAUCAGAACCCACACUUCCAGAUCAGUGACGAGUAUCUCGAGUGCAUGGUUAAACACGCAGAGCAGCUGAGACCCUUUGGCGAGGUACCUCGGUUCUUCAAGAUGAGGCUAACUCGAGUGUUCAUCGCCGCUCGGUCCUUCGUGCGGAGCCUCAGUCUUGGCACGGAUGUGGUGAAGAAAGUUUCUCAGGUACCUCCAAGCCCAGAGUGUGUUCGAGCCAUGAUGAGAUUGAUGUAUUGUCCUCACUGCCGGAGCAUGGCAAGUGUGAAACCUUGCAACAACUAUUGCCUCAACAUCUUGAAGGGCUGCCUGGCCAAUCACGCGGACCUAGACAGCGAGUGGAGGAACCUGGUCGACUCUAUGGUUCAGGUGGCUGAUGGAUUUAAUGGACCGUCAAACAUGGAGUCGCUGGUUGAUACAAUUUACAUGAAGAUCGCUGAAGCAAUACAGACCAUGCGAGAUAACAGAGUUCAUAUUUCAUCAAAGGUUCUUCAGGGUUGUGGUCAUCUCAAAUCGGUAAGCAAACGGUCGACCGAGGAUGAUUCAAGGAGACGCGGGAAGCUGUACCCAGUGGAGGAGAGGCCAUUCAGUCUCACCACUCCACCCAUGGAGAGAUUGGUUACUGAAGUCAAGAUGAAGCUCCAAGGUGUUCGAAAAUUGUGGGUCACACUCCCCAGUGCCCUGUGCAACGAGAAGGUGACGGCAGGUUUGGCCAAUGAGGACAGGUGUUGGAAUGGGCAGAGCAGAGGGAGGUAUCUCCCAGAGGUCAUGGCGGAUGGAUUAGCCAAUCAGAUUAACAACCCAGAGGUUGAGGUUGACAUCACCAAGCCGGAUAUGACCAUUCGCCAGCAGAUCAUGCAGCUGCGGAUAAUGACGAAUCGACUGCGGAAUGCCUACAAUGGCAACGAUGUGGAUUUCCAGGACACGAGUGAUGAUAGCAGCGGGUCUGGGAGUGGUGACGCCUGCUUGGAAGAUGGAUGCAGCAGGAGACGGUUGUUCAAUGCUGCAACCCGGUCACCUGUUGUCUACGCCAUUCCAGAGCAGAGUGGGAAAUCCAACCUGGGAAACGGAGGCAACGUCCUGCGAUGCUCAGCUGCCUCCUUCCACCUGCUGGCCUUGGCCCUGGCCCUGCCAUUUUUCUGUCGGUAGAAUUCUUUAUGGGGCAUGAGAGAGAGAGACUGAGGCAAAACCUUUGCCAACAACAAAAAAAAAGAGGACAAGUGUUUUGUUUAACUUUUGCAUCAAAAAUAAAAGAAUCUUAUUUGUAAAUUCUG